UGCUGACGAUAGCCACGAAAAUUGCCCGAAGGAACGUUAGCUGCUGAGGCAUGACACGUGACUAAUUAUAUUAAUCUUUUAAUUGCUUUAUAAUGCGAUCAUUUCUCUCAGUCUCCCACAUUGUGUUUCAAAGGAAUAUCUCAUCAAGCAACAAGAUGAAGACUGUUCUUGGAACGAUAGCAUUCCUGUUUGUUGCUGACUGCGUACUUGCUGGAAUUCCAUUGGCAGCUCCUGGCAAUACAACCGUUGAUCCCGCUGCUUUACUUAACAAUCUCAUGGGCGGUUCUGAAACCACGACCACCUCGUCUGUUGUUGAUCCAGUCCCAACAGCUACUGCUGAACCUGUGGGCAAACGAGUGACCUCAGGCGUUGGGCCGAACAUUACAAGGAAGACACAGGACGAGUUGAAUGCAUCUGCUUUACUUAACAAUCUCAUGGGCGGUUCUGAAACCACGACCACCUCGUCUGUUGUUGAUCCAGUCCCAGCAGCUACUGCUGAACCGGUGGGCAAACGAGUGAUCCCAGGCGUUGGGCCAAACAUUACAAGGAAGACACAGGAAGAGUUGAAUGCAUUAUGUAAUCAAAAGUGCUUAACUGAAGUGUGCUACUUAUCGGAUAAUGACGACUGUCGAAAUUUCAUCACGUGUCGACUAGAGACGGGGACAUACCGUGCAAUUCUCCAACCAUGUGCGUUUGGAACCUUUUGGGCGGGAUUGCAAACACAGAAGAAAAUUACCUGCGAUGCCACACAAAAGGUGGCAUGUAAAAUAGAUUAUUGCGGUGGGCUACCCAAUGGAACUAUGUUUGACCACAAGGAUGGGAACUGCAAGACCUACUGGGAAUGUAUCAACGGUAGGCCUGUGCCCAAAUGCUGUGGAGAGGGAUUGAGAUUUCGUUAUCACAGAAAAAAGGGUGGAAGAUGUGUGCGGGCCAACGGCAAAUGCCACGACAAUUGCCCAAUCAAAAUAGACGCCUGCCUUGUACCUGGCACGAAAACAGAAUUUUUUGACGACAGAAAUUGCGUAACAUAUUGGGAUUGUGAAGAGCGCCACCCUCAUCCGGUUUGCUGUCCCGAAGGGCAAGGUUAUGAUGUUAUUAGGGGUUGCAUCAACAACCCUUUAUGCAAGGACGAGUGUCCACCACAGUACAAACCUGAUAUAUGUCUCCAGCCAGGCAUUGAGAAAUACUCUUUAGUUGACGGAUCCUGCCGAACGUACAUGAAGUGUAAUGCUAUAAAAGGGGACGAGAGGUGGUGUUGUCCUUCUGGUUACCGGUUCGACGGUAACACACAGAAGUGCAUAGAGAUAACUCCAAACAUGAAUGUCUCGUGUACAGACCACUGUCCUCAGAAUUACAAUGAAGUGUGCAAGUUUAAAGCGGCAGCAAACAAAUCAGACGCCUAUAUAGAAACCUACCAUGGUGUUGAACAUGAACGGCCAUGUUCUCCAGGAACACAGUUUGACAUAACGAAAUGUGCUUGUGCCACUCAUGUCCCAGGUGCACCGGAUAACUCAUGUCGAAAGGAACUUGAUAUAAUAUUUGAUGAGCUGACGUGGUUGAGGGAAGGAUCACAGAAAAAAAUCAAGAUCGAUCAAUACGGCACCGCUGAUUAUGGACCUAAAUUAAAUGGCAGAAUGGCACUGAAAUUUGCAGGAGAUCUGGUUUACAGAAUACCCUUUUUUCAAUCUCAGUUUGAAAAACUAUUCAUCAAAAUUGUCUAUUUACCUCCGCAAGGCUUGGGGGCUUCAAAGCAAAAUCUGUUAUCGAAUUGUCUGAGCCUAGACCUUGGAGGACCAUCCAUGGAACUUUCAAUUCAAAACAACCAGCUUGUUCUGCAUCUGGUAACGGAGGCAAACGAACAAAAUGCGACCAAUACACGGAACCCACCUGUUGAGCUAGCAGUGACUUACUCGCCUCAGAUAUGGAACACCGUCACUGCCAUAUACGAUGGGGCUCAUGUGCAGCUGCUUAACGAAGGAGAAGGCAGUCCAACAUAUGAUUCCCUACCUCUAAAUGGGACAAUAUCAGUGGCUGCUGAGGGUGCAGAUUUCGGAGCUUGUUUUAUUCAAACACUGAUAAAAGACGGGUUUAGAGGUUCCGUUGCAGAGCUGGAGGUCUCGAAGUGUCUGCACGAUAAUUGGGUGAAAGAAUUCGAUAAAAAGGUCCCUGCACCGCCUUUGAUAUAGAGCUGCAAAGAUUUAUCUUAAGCAUUUCAUAUUACAGCAAUACGCACGUUUAUAAGUUUUAAACUGGAAAACAUCAAAUGCUACAUUGAUUUUGUUCUCGUUAAUAGUCUUUGCGAUUAAACUUAGGGCCUAUAUAAUGAUGUGGGAUAUAGACUAAAGAUAUGUCAGACUCUUUAUCAUAAUCGAAAUUUAAAAAAGGACAGACAUCAUUAUCUUUCAACGAACAUAGAUAUAUUACCCUUGUUAGUACGUUUUCGUAAACGUUAGGUAGAUUGCUUUCGCUUAAAGUGCUUAAAAAUGAUUAAUUUCGGUAACAAUAAAGACUAACGUCAAAUGCUUAGAACAUUAAACGCAACUGAUAAUUCA